UGACAAACGUUCACUAUCGUGAAAGAUGGCGGCCCCCUGUUACGUUGAAAUGUCCCGGUGUUGUGUGUAUUUAUCAAAAUUCGCGCUGUAUUUAUUAGUAUUACUAUGUCUGCUUUGUGUAAAACACACUGUAGAAACUCCACAUGUUGUAAGACCAAGAGGCGUACCUCUCAGUAAGGCCUCACUGUAUGACCCCGAGAAGAAUUUUGGGUGUUUGGACGGAUCCAAUGUUAUUCCAUUCCAUUUUGUGAAUGAUGAUUACUGUGAUUGUGCUGAUGGAAGUGAUGAACCAGGUACAUCAGCGUGUCCCCAUGGAUUUUUCCAUUGUACAAAUGCGGGAUACAUACCUAAGUUUAUACCUUCAUCUCGUGUCAACGAUGGAAUUUGUGAUUGCUGUGAUUUGAGUGAUGAAUAUGAUAGUCCUGCACGCUGCAUAAAUGACUGCAAAGAACUGGGAGGUCAUCGGAUAAGAGAGCAAAAGGAAAAGCUAGAGCAGAUCCAAAAAGGCUUUGAGACAAGGCAACUUCUGGCAAAGGAGGGCACGGAAAAGAAGAAAGAGCAUGAGGAGAAACUUGAGCAGUUGCAACAGGAGUUGCAGGAGCUGGAAGUAAAAAAACGUGAGCUAGAAGUGGUGAAAAAAGCUGCAGAAGAGCCAGAGAAACAAGCAAAGGAAGCACACGAAAAAAAUUGGCAAGAGCAAAAGAAACAAAAAGCAGAUGCGCUGAACAAAGCUGGAGCAGAAGCUGCUUUCCCAGUACUAGACGUCGACGGGGAUGGCAUCAUAACUCCAGAGGAGCUUAUGGUUCGCACAGAAUUUGAUAUGAAUGAUGAUGGUGUGAUCACCGAGGAAGAGUUGAAGACAAGAUUUGGCGAUGAAGGUCUCAUGGAUUGGGACCUGGAAACGUUCACAGAAACCAUGUGGUACAAGCUCAAGUACAUAUACCAGCACCCUAAGGAUGAGGAAGCCGAGGUUGCCGACGACAACGACAAGGAGCCUGAGCCUUUUUCCCCGCCAUCUCCCUCCGUGGACGUAACCGAGGGUGACGGUGAUGGCAGUGAACACGCUCUCGAUGAGGAGGAGGAUGAGGAUGAUGAUGAUGACGAUGACGACGACUUUUUGGAGGGAGAAGAUGACGAUGAGGAUGCCGGUGAUAUGGAUGAUGAUAAGGAUGGUGCAAAAGAUAAGAUGCCUGAAUAUGAGACGGAAACAAAGAGAUUAAUCCAGGUUGCCAACGAUGCGAGGAACGCAUACGAGGAGGCGCAGCAGCAACAUCAAACCAUGGCAGAUGAAAUCAAAAAUCUAGAGAGGUACACGAAAAACUACUAUGGCCAGGAGAACGAGUUCCUGCAAUUGGAUAAGCAGUGCUUUGAAUACACCGAGAGGGAGUAUAUCUACAAGCUCUGCUUAUACGAUAAGGUGUCACAGAGGCCAAAGGCUGGAGGUGGUGAGACAAGCCUAGGAGUCUGGGACAAAUGGCUUGGCACAGAAGACAAUGAGUUUGAUCAAAUGAGCUUCUCAGAUGGUGUUCAAUGUUGGAAUGGCCCAAAGCGGUCAGCCAAGGUGAUGGUGACCUGCGGCUUAGAAAACCAGCUUCUCAGCGCGUCCGAGCCGAAUCGCUGCGAGUACCUGUUCACAUUCACGACGCCGGCCGUGUGCACGAUACCGACCAGGACGCCCGACUUACUCCACGACGAACUAUGAGAGCCGACGAGCUCCAGGGGAAACGAGUUUGAGUGCUGCCAUCUUGUGCCCAAAUUUGAAUUUAACUGUACUUGAGAGAUCUCAGGACGUGCCUGCAUGCGUGUGCGUAAGGCGCGUGCGUGUAGUGCGCGUACGCGCACAGGUGCGUGCGUGUAUUUCUACCCGCGCAAAACGAUAGCGAGCGACUGUAGACGGCCAUUGUAUUGUACUGCUGAUGUACGCGUGGCAGGGAGAGCAUUAGAGCAGAAAACGUUGAUGCGUUUGUUGACAGGCUAUCACGUCGUCAAAAUUUGCGCGUUCGCUUUCCUUGGAGGUAAUCGCCGAGGCAGGCAAAAUAGUUACGAAACUGAAAUCGUGCUUGACGUGCCAUCGACGUUGCUGCAGUCUUUCAUAUAAUGGCCUGCAAUCACGCGUAGAUUAUCACCGCGUGCUGGCCUGGCGUAUACUAACAAUCGUAUAUCGGUGUGUGUAUCAAUCGUCUAACUCGCCUUAUAUAACGGUUUGAGUAAGCAGUUCGGGGUAAUUGGUUUAAUAUGUGUUGCCCGGUGGUCGCAGUUAUUCAGAAACCCGAGGCAAGGGGGUGAAAUACAUUUAGGUGGUGUCUGAGCUAACGGUUGGUGAUCUCAGAGCAUGCGGUUGAUGUGUUAGGCUGGCAUGCAUUGUGAGUGUGUCAGUAUAGCGGGAGAGAUCAUCGUCUGCGGAAGGUAGGAACAACAGCAGGACGGCGUCUUCUCUCUUGUCACAUCAAAUCUACUCGGCACGUGACACUUGGCGUUUCUAUUUCCUCUUGUAACCGGUGGCAUGAGCUAUUUUGUCAUACACGUUUUCCAGCUGUUCACCGUGUGUAUUUCAACAUUUUAUAUUGCCUGUGAAUCGGUGGUGUGUGUUGCGGACCUGUAUGUGUGAGUUACUUUCCGUUGAAGGUAUUAGCAUCGAACUUGCAAUAAGAAUUACUUACUCGCCCUUACUGGUUCAAAGGUUCUUGUUAAUGUAUACCCUGUUGUUUAGAGGUCAAUUAUUGUCCUCGACACUAAUCUCUGAAUCACGCAUGGAAAAAUCAUAAACAAAUUAAAUAUGAUGAUAUAAAUUA